AUGAACCCAAGACGUCCUGCAAGCACCUCCCUGCCUGAUACAAUGGCGUAUUACAUGUACCAGGACACAUCGGCUAAGGGUUUGCAACCUCAGCUUCAGCAGUUCCAACCUGCUGCCAUCCAGUUGACUGUGGCGCAGGUGAAAUCUGCUGAAGAUGCACCUCUAGGCAAGGAUGGAAAGAUACCUGUCAUCUGGAGUACAGAGGAAGAUGAGCAGCUAAGAGACUUGGUUGGCAAAUAUGGGACACAAAAGUGGGCCGCUAUUGCUGGCAAGAUGGCUGAGAAGACGAGCAAGCAGUGCCGGCGCCGGUGGCAGAUCAUCAUGAACCUGAUAGGCAAGAAAGGAGGCUGGAGCGAGGAGGAGGACAGGCUGCUGCUAGAGGGCCAUCGAAACUACGGCAAUCGGUGGACUGAGAUCGCCAAGCUCGUCCCGGGCAGGACAGAUAACGCCGUGAAGAACCGGUACUGCGCCCUGGCCAAGAAGAUUGCUGAGGGCGACAAACCGGGCAAGCGCAAGCGGCGGAAGAGGGCGACCAUCGAGCACAAGGCGCCAGAGGGAGUGGUCGCCCCUUACCCGGGUGCCAUCAUCGUGAAGACCAAGCUUGAGCCAAAAGUCACGCCACAGGAGGGGGGUGCUCAGCGGAUACAAAACGGGGGGGUCAAGAGGAAAGGUCCAACGGCGUACGAGCGGCAACGAAGCUCCGAGUCGUUUGCUGAGAGGGACGGCAACCCUUUCUCGAUGCACUGGCAGGCGGCGGGUUCCUCCGGGGGGGACAACUCGGGCAGGUAUCGACCCCCCCAGAGCGCAGAGCAGCGGACACAGGCGCUCGUGGCUGAGCUUUUCGGCGGCGGUCAUAUGAGUCAAGGGAUGGAAGCGUCCGAGGGGAACUUCGUUUCCGAAGGAGAGCUGCCGGGGGGGGCCUAUCAACGGCUGCUUUUCGUGGGGGAUGGAAACGAUCCCAGGGGAAACGGGCAUUCAAAUGAACGCAGGAGUAGCCACCAUUCUAGCUACUAUCCCAGCGAGCACUACGGGGCCCGGGGCGAGGUGCCGGACAGUGCCACGUGGUACGCUGACGAAGCGGCACAUGGCGCCUACCCGGAGUACCACCAGGGGUUCCAUCCCGGAGGCGCCAACCGCAGCACGCCACCUGGCAGCGCGCGCGCCCACAAGCGGGGCAGGAUGCUGACAUCAGAGGAGCUGCACCAGCAUCAGCAGAGGCAGAAUGGUUUACACCGAGCGGCGUCCCAGUUCAACGUAAACGCCCGGGUGAUCUACGGGACGCCGGAGGGGGGUCGCCCGAAGGUGGCGUCGCGCCCCCCCAGCUCGAAAAGCGGCAGUCCGGGGGGGAAGGGAAGCCGCAGCUACCCGACCCAGUUGCAGCACGCCCUGGCCAGCAUUCAGCGCGCCAAGGCGCAGAAGACGAGCCCCGGGAGACUGGCAACCGAGCAGGCGUCCCGGGUGAAGAGGAAGUAUACAAAACGGGAAGGGGGAUUGAAGAUCGCGUUGCCGGAGGACGCCCUGCUGACACGUGUCCACAAGGUGCCCCGGGACACGGAGAUGGCGGUCGGGCUGCUGGCCGCGGAGAUGCAGCAUCAGCCGAAGCGCACGAGGCCCAGCCUGUCGAUACACAUACCCAAGACGAGCGGGAGCAACCCGUCCUCGCCGCAUGAGGGGAAGCAACCGGGGGCGCGCCCCUUGAGCUCCACCCGCGUGGGUCCCAGCCGCCUAAACCCCGAAACCCUGCACAAGCUCGCGCAGCACGGCGUGCGGCCGCGCGUCCCGAGCGCAAUGCGGCGGACCGCGCUCGCGAUGGAGCGCGGCAUGGACUCCCGCGAGCUGGCCCGGAGCAACGCGCAUCGGCAGGCGCAGUCGCAGAACGACAUGCAAGAGAUCAUCUCGUGGAUGUCCACCCCCAAGUCCAAGUCCUACUUCCACCAGUACAUCACCCCCGGCUUCGAGGCCUCCCCCACCUUCGUCGGCUCCGGCAUCUCGAGCGCGCCCCCCUCGCUAAACCUCACCCCCACCUCCGCGUGCGCGCCCGCCGACGCGGCAAAGGGUUUGGCGUGGGAGGACCGCUUCUGGGGGGCGUCGAGAAGGUCGACCGCUGGCGGGCAUUUCCUGGCUGACGAUUCGGACGGCGUCCUUCUGUACACCGACCGGAACGUCGACCCGCCCUGCUUCCGCCUCUCGCCCCUGGCGUUCCAGCACGAGGGAUCCCCCGGGUUGAAUUCCCCGGGCAUGAUCCCGUCCCUACCGAGGAGCCCCACCGUCGGGGCCCUUCCGCUGCCCAAACCCUCCCUACCAAAGCUCAACACCCCGGGGAAUUCCCCGAUGACCACCCCCAAGCUUCUGAGCGUAUUCUCACCGAUGCUCGGCGCGUACGGUCUGACCCCCCGGAAACUCUUCUUUGAGCCCGGUGGUUACUGCUUCGAUGACAUGGCUAACGAGAUCGGGUUAAGCCCGCGGAUCACGGAGCUGACGGACGAGGCGCCCGACCUGGCGACCUCGGCCCCGAUUGACACCAGCUUCACGUUCCCGAGCGUUUCACAAGGGGAACAGAGUGACCGUGUCAAGGGGUAUUCAAAGAGGACAGAGGAAAAGGUAAAAGGAGACGGGAAGGAGCGCUUUGACACUAGGAAUUCGGAUGUCAGAGAGGGCUCCCCGGCGCAAGGUCUGGUGUCAGAAAGCAUGCCCGGGCUGCUGGCGCUGCCGGAAGUUGCGGACGAGGCGGCUGAAGAUGCGAGGCAGGGAGGUGAUGGCCCUGCUAUUUCACCAGGCAUGCUGACGUACUCCGGGCUCCUGUCCCCGGCCAUCCCGAUGUCCACGCGCGUCAAAGGGUCGCCCCUUUCGCGGUCGACCUUACUGAGCCUGACGCCCCGAGGGGACGCGCUUGCCAGUCCUGGGUUCCCAGAUGGGGAGGACGAUUUCUUCUUCGCCUUCUCCCAGAACAUGAGCCCCCUCCACUCCCCUCGCUUCCUUAGCCCGGUAGCUUCUCCGAUCGCGCGCGCUGUGCUCGCCGCUUCUCCGCGCAGCCCUUUCAAAGCUCCGGGCGCCACGUGGCGCUCGGGAAUCACCUCCCCAAUCUCGUCUUUCCUCAGCAGAACGACGCAGCCGCAUCAAGAUGAUUGA